CUUCUAAUUUCGCGAUUAACAAACGUUUAGGCUAUAACCAAUAAUGUUUAAGACACGAAUUAGCUUAAUUAGGCUAUUGGAAUGCCUAGAAACGCUAGUCAGACGUCACAACGCGCAUAUGAGGAUUUUCGGGGAAAACUGCAUAACGUUAAACGAUAACGAACUGAUGCCGUACAAAAUACUGACCACGCCGACAAAUACAAAUUUUAUACGUAUAAUUUAAAUCUAUGGAUUUCGUUUUGCUAAAUUAUCACGCUUUAAAAUAUCACAACACGCAAACGUGAACGAAAACGCGGAAACAGUAACGCACCGACAAUCAACGACGAAACGGAAGCACCAGAUUAGAAUUUCGUCUCGAUAUUAAAAUAUAUUGAUAUAUUUAGCGUCGUUUUCAAAUUUUAUUAACCGUAGUCGAAACCGGAUCCAAAAACGGAUUAAAACAACCAACUCGGCACCUUACGCGCUUUUUACGCAACCAACGAGCGAACGUGUCCAACAUUUAUAAUCGGCGCUAUUUUACAUACUUACGGACCUAAUAGCAUAACAUACGAUAUUUUUAGAAGAACGGGUGCGAAAACAGGCUUCGGAGAAUUAUCGGGCCGUUCAAAAACACGCUAACGGGCCCUAGGCCCAAUCCACUCCUUAACCCUAGGUAUAAAAGUGUGACCACAACCUUAUCUUCUCAUUUGUGAAACCAGACAAUUAAACACACGCACACCACUCCCUUUUCAGUUCCCUCUGCUCUGCAUAUCUUGGAGAAAACCCUAACACACCACACAAGCACACCCGUAACCCCUGCUCUUCCUCUCCCUCUCAUCCACUCCGAUGACCGGAGCGGUGCUAGUCGGCUUGCCGACGGCCGUCCGUGUCCCGACAAACCCACACCACACCUGUAAUCUCGUUCUUCUUUCCGAUGACACCCACACCCAAUCGACUUCCAUCUGGUACCCGCCACUCAUACACACCUCAGAUCUCGAGAGAGAGAAAUCAAAUAAGGAGAGUCGGCCGACCACAGGCGACCGCCCCCCCCCUCGGCGACGGCAGCGUCGCUAGCAGUGGCGGCGGCAGGAGUUGAAGCUCCGACAGCCAUGUAAUCGGGUAAGCGUUUUAGUACUCUUUUAUCUCUUUCUAAUUCUUUUAGAUCCGAGUCACUCCGGCGAGAUCGGUAGUGUUUCAGAUGAUGAUGAUGCUGAUUAAUGUUGAAGAUGAUGAUGUUGCUGGUGAUGACGGCGACAAGGGUGGCUCGGGAAAGUUUUGGGAGUUUCGGGUCGUGGAUUCAAGAUGUUCAAUUCUGGUUACGGGUCAACAACGGGUCAAACUGGUCAAAGUCAGACAACUGGUCAGACGUGGUUCGGGUUCGGGUCAACUUUGGUGCAACACGGUUUAACACGGGUCGACUCAGUCUUGGUUCGGUCAACCCGGGUCAGACCCGGUCAACUCACUGAGUCAACUCGGGUCAACUCAGUCGGGUCUCGUUUCGGGUCAACGGUUCAAGUUUGGGUUCAGAUUUUAGUUUUGAGAUGUUCGGUUCAAACAGGUCACAGUCAACGGUUCGGGUCAGCAAAUCAGUCAACACACGUAACUCGGUCAACUUUCAGUCAGUGCAGUCGACACCCGGUCAACUCUAGACCCGGAAUGCUAUAGUUGCACGCUAGAGAGUCACGUUCUUGGAAUGACAUCAUGGAAUCACUUUUAGCUAGCUUUGCACAAGGAUGUCAAGGUUGCAUUUUCAAAACUAUGGAACGGUUGGAAUAGGAGAACCCAUGGGAAUUCAAGUACUUAGCGGCGUUCAUUUUCUAGAAGUCUUAGCUAAUUGCUUCCGCUGUGCAAUGAAGAUACCGGUCCAGUCACGCCAUGCUCUGAUAAUUUCGGGGUGUGACAGAUUGGUAUCAGAGCUAUAGGUUUCAGCGAAUUAGGUUUCUAUAGAGAUACCUAGGCUUUAACCUCACACUCCUCUGGGGACUUAGAUAUCAAGAAUUGAACACGUACAGAACGCAUAGGACUCGAAUAUGGGUUCCAACCGUUGCCGAAAACAAUGAGUCAACAAUUUUGGUGUUAAAAUACAAGUGUUGUGUUUGAUACAUGUUAUACGAAACAAUUACACACAGAAAGCAAAACUUUGAGAGUUUUGGUAACACACAUUUAGGACCUCUGGAAAACUUAUGACGAAAUUCAUUAAAGGUCCUCACGUAGAAACUGUGAUUAUUAACUCGCACAAAUGCCAUUAUAUUAUGUCGUCUAUGCUACGUGGAAUGCAACGCUAUUGCGUAACUAUACGUGAAACUUAAACUAUACGUCAGCGGAUGUCGAAGUACAUCAGACACGUCUGUCGAGACAAGUCUUGGGGAAACCACAAAUGGUCACGAUAACAACGAUGCUAAUCCCGGCUACUGGAGAACUACCGACCGAAAUGCGGCACUUUGCCACGUGAUCCUGCAAACGACAUGAAUCUCGCUGAGGUACGUUAGAACAAGAUUUCAAAACACUCGGUACUUAGUCUAAAGAGACUCACAGUUGUUGGCGCUGCAAAAGAAGUCACAUGUCUUCGCAUUCCCCCUACUUCAUUCCUAGCGAUUAUGCUAUGUACAACAUUCCAUGGUAAUGUCACAUAACAACCAAUCAUCACGUGAACUUCCAGGUAAAGUCCUUAAAUUUCUUUUGUUGAAAUUUCGACUUCUUGCAUAUAAUGAGUAGAUUUUUGCAUUUCUACUCCCCCCCUAAUGAUCGUUGCACCACAAAGAUUUUCUUUCAUGAUAACGAACACUUAAUUGCUUCAUUCUUGACAAAUUCAUAUGUUACACAUGCGUUGUUCGUUACGCAUGUGGCUUCGCUCGAAAUUGUUGCUUUAUCAACGUUCAAUAUUGUUUCGCUAUGUCGAAUUUUACAUUGUGAUUUUGAUGACCGUAUUAUUGCAAAACGUUGGCUCUUUGAUAUCGGGUCAACGAACUCGUUGAAACUCAUUUCCUUUCAAGCUACAUACAUGGUUUUUUUUUCUUUCGUUGUAACCAUGUCGAAAUUUUCUUGUUGAUACAUGCAUCCAUUGUUGGAUGGUGCUUAAACCAAGUUCAAUUGAUUAAACUUGCUCGUUAUAUAUAUUCGAUUCAAGAUUCCAUAUGAUGAAUUGAGGCCAACAUAUUCGAAAUAAUCCCAACGAGCACUUCAUUUGCUUUGAACCAUAACAGGAUUGUUUGGUUUUCGACUUCAUUGAAUCGUUUCUUUGAUCACGAUCACCUUGUGGUGGCGUAUUUCACAAGUUUGAAGCUUGCGCUAAUCUCUUUGCUCACAUCAUACACGGAUUUAAUUAUUUAUUUGUUUAUUGAUAUUAAAUCCGCUUGUUCGACUUGUUGUAUUAAAUCAAUCUUAAUACAAUCGUGUGUUAAGAUAAUGGUACACAAAUUCAUGUCAUAUUUCGGUGUACCUCUUAGCGGUUCUUUAAUCAUCGAUCAAAUAUUUUGUGAUAUCUAUUGCUCUUUCAUUUUCGAUCGGAAAACAUUAUUUAUUUGUUUCAUUAUCAAUUGAAAAUCUCAUGAUGUUUGUUUGGAACAAACAUUCAGAUUUACUUCGUUGAACCUUUCAUCUGAUUUCAAACACAGGUGAUACUUGUUCGAUCACCGCUAUUAUUGAAUUAUUUUAUUUACAACGACACCUUGUGGUGUCGGUGUAAACUUGUAGCUUGGGCUAAUUAUGAUCGAUCGUUUCAUGCAAAACUACAUAUGUAUUUCGUUUGACUAAUCAUUUAAAUGGUCUUAAUGCAAUUAUGUAUUAAGACAAUGAUACACCAGGUUCGGUUCUAUUUCAUUUCGGUGUAUCCUUGCAACACGUUGAUUUUAUUCAUUUACUGGUUCAAGAGUUGAUAAAUCAUUUUUAUGAUUCUACUUAUUUGAGUUUGUUGAAUUCGAGUUUCAAUCAUACAACAACCAACGCAAGAUUCCGUUGGUAGUGAAUUCUAUUGUUUCAAAAAUUUACUUGCACAUUGCGAACGUUCAUUUGGAAUUCUAUUGGUCGAAAUUCCUCUUUUGUUGAAUCCUCGUAAACUUAGUCACAUUGGUGAUAGUAUCACUAUGCUACUUUUGCUUGACAUCGAUUUCGGAAACAAACUCAGCUGAACCGUUGGGUUCUUAUUGAUGCAAAAUGUCUUAACAUUCGCAUAACUUGAAUGAGUCUUGAUUCGAUUACGGUCAUUCACUUUGGUAUUAUUCGGACUUACCUAGGAACGACACAACUCUGAGGAGAUAACAUAAACUAAAUUUCGAGGACGAAAUUUCUGCAACAGGGGGAGAAUGUGACAACCUGUAAUUAACGGCCUUCUAAUUUCGCGAUUAACAAACGUUUAGGCUAUAACCAAUAAUGUUUAAGACACGAAUUAGCUUAAUUAGGCUAUUGGAAUGCCUAGAAACGCUAGUCAGACGUCACAACGCGCAUAUGAGGAUUUUCGGGGAAAACUGCAUAACGUUAAACGAUAACGAACUGAUGCCGUACAAAAUACUGACCACGCCGACAAAUACAAAUUUUAUACGUAUAAUUUAAAUCUAUGGAUUUCGUUUUGCUAAAUUAUCACGCUUUAAAAUAUCACAACACGCAAACGUGAACGAAAACGCGGAAACAGUAACGCACCGACAAUCAACGACGAAACGGAAGCACCAGAUUAGAAUUUCGUCUCGAUAUUAAAAUAUAUUGAUAUAUUUAGCGUCGUUUUCAAAUUUUAUUAACCGUAGUCGAAACCGGAUCCAAAAACGGAUUAAAACAACCAACUCGGCACCUUACGCGCUUUUUACGCAACCAACGAGCGAACGUGUCCAACAUUUAUAAUCGGCGCUAUUUUACAUACUUACGGACCUAAUAGCAUAACAUACGAUAUUUUUAGAAGAACGGGUGCGAAAACAGGCUUCGGAGAAUUAUCGGGCCGUUCAAAAACACGCUAACGGGCCCUAGGCCCAAUCCACUCCUUAACCCUAGGUAUAAAAGUGUGACCACAACCUUAUCUUCUCAUUUGUGAAACCAGACAAUUAAACACACGCACACCACUCCCUUUUCAGUUCCCUCUGCUCUGCAUAUCUUGGAGAAAACCCUAACACACCACACAAGCACACCCGUAACCCCUGCUCUUCCUCUCCCUCUCAUCCACUCCGAUGACCGGAGCGGUGCUAGUCGGCUUGCCGACGGCCGUCCGUGUCCCGACAAACCCACACCACACCUGUAAUCUCGUUCUUCUUUCCGAUGACACCCACACCCAAUCGACUUCCAUCUGGUACCCGCCACUCAUACACACCUCAGAUCUCGAGAGAGAGAAAUCAAAUAAGGAGAGUCGGCCGACCACAGGCGACCGCCCCCCCCCUCGGCGACGGCAGCGUCGCUAGCAGUGGCGGCGGCAGGAGUUGAAGCUCCGACAGCCAUGUAAUCGGGUAAGCGUUUUAGUACUCUUUUAUCUCUUUCUAAUUCUUUUAGAUCCGAGUCACUCCGGCGAGAUCGGUAGUGUUUCAGAUGAUGAUGAUGCUGAUUAAUGUUGAAGAUGAUGAUGUUGCUGGUGAUGACGGCGACAAGGGUGGCUCGGGAAAGUUUUGGGAGUUUCGGGUCGUGGAUUCAAGAUGUUCAAUUCUGGUUACGGGUCAACAACGGGUCAAACUGGUCAAAGUCAGACAACUGGUCAGACGUGGUUCGGGUUCGGGUCAACUUUGGUGCAACACGGUUUAACACGGGUCGACUCAGUCUUGGUUCGGUCAACCCGGGUCAGACCCGGUCAACUCACUGAGUCAACUCGGGUCAACUCAGUCGGGUCUCGUUUCGGGUCAACGGUUCAAGUUUGGGUUCAGAUUUUAGUUUUGAGAUGUUCGGUUCAAACAGGUCACAGUCAACGGUUCGGGUCAGCAAAUCAGUCAACACACGUAACUCGGUCAACUUUCAGUCAGUGCAGUCGACACCCGGUCAACUCUAGACCCGGAAUGCUAUAGUUGCACGCUAGAGAGUCACGUUCUUGGAAUGACAUCAUGGAAUCACUUUUAGCUAGCUUUGCACAAGGAUGUCAAGGAAACAGCGAUGUAAUUUUCAAAAGUUAAGUAAUAUAGGUGGUGCGGUAACAUACCAACAGAUUCCAACUAUUAAGCAUUAUCGAUGUAAAUCAAUAUAACAUGAAGAAAGAGUCGGGGGACAUUGGCUCCGGCAGAAAGAAAGAACCCUAAAAUAGAGAAUUCGGUUGGAUUUGAAGAAGAGAUUGUGAAUCUGAUAAAAUGUGGGCUGGCGGAUUUGACAAGAGCUCAGGUCCUGGUUCGAGACAACAAACACCUCCUGCCUUUCCAUCACCAUCACCAUCAUCGUCCUCCUCCUGGUUUACUACUAUUCCAUCAUCGCGUAAUCCCAAUACCCAAGCUCAAGUCUCUACUUACAAAGAUGUUCUGCAAAACUCAACAAGCCUUGUCGGGGGGAGGUUUAAUGGUAAUGACUUUCCUCCUGUCCAAGAUUUGAAAAGAACAAGAUCACCACCUGCUGCUGCUGCUGCUGCUGCUGCUGCUUCUUUCAAAAAUACCUCUGUGGGGAGCCACCCUAUUCCUCCUCGGAUAAACAAAUCUCUUCAUACAACGGAAACUCAAAGAUUAACCACCAGUCAUGUUUGGACUCCACCAUAUACUGAUCUUGAUAAACCUGCUUCAACUGAAUUACCUGUUCCAAAACGCACCAGGCCAACCAUGAACAGCUCUCUAACGCCCUCUGUAUCUCCUCCCAAAUUGAGCACAAGACCUGAUAGUCAUGUUUGGACUCCACCAUAUGCCGAUCUUGAUAAGCCUGCAACCAAUCCAAUCGAAUUACCUGUUCCAAAACGUACUAGGUUGCCCUUUUCAACUGAUCAUGGGUUGCGGGGAAACAGCUCUCUACAUGAUGAUGAUGCUGAAAGAGAAUUGCAAGCUAAAGCAAAGCGAUUGGCCCGUUUUAGAGAUGAACUUAGCCAACCUGAGCCAAGCGACGGAAACCAAAAGCCACAGGCACAGCAAGCUGAAUUUUUGGGUAUUGACAAAAGAGCUUCAGAUACGGAAACAGGACAUUUACGUAAUAGCAACUUACAAACCGAUGGUGAAGAUCAAGAUUCAUCAGCAGCUAUCAUUGGAUUUUGUCCAGAUAUGUGUCCAGAGCAAGAAAGAGCAGAACGGGAGAGGAAAGGAGAUCUGGAUCAAUAUGAACGUUUGGGUGGGGAUAGGAACCACACUACUAAAUCUCUUGCAGUUAAAAAGUACACUAGGACUGCUGAGAGGGAAGCUGCACUGAUACGACCGAUGGAAAUCUUGCAAAAGACUAUGGAUUAUCUUUUAGACUUGCUGGAACAAGCGUAUGAUGAUAAAUUGCUUGGUUUAUACAACUUUUUGUGGGACAGGAUGAGGGCCAUCAGGAUGGACCUCAGGAUGCAGCAUAUCUUUAAUCUAGGAGCUAUAACUAUGCUGGAGCAGAUGAUACGGCUUCAUAUUAUCGCAAUGCAUGAAUUAUGUGAAUAUACGAAAGGAGAAGGUUUUUCAGAGGGAUUUGAUGCGCACCUUAACAUAGAACAGAUGAACAAAACAUCUGUUGAGUUAUUCCAGUUGUACGAUGAUCACAGGAAGAAUGGAACAGAGGUGCCUACAGAAAGAGAAUUUAGAGGCUAUUAUGCACUUCUCAAAUUGGAUAAACAUCCAGGCUACAAAGUUGAACCCUCAGAGCUCUCACUCGAUCUUGCCAAGAUGACACCUGGGAUACGACAAGCUGGAGAAGUUCUGUUUGCUCGGAAUGUAGCUAGAGCCUGCAGAAGUGGUAAUUUUAUAGCAUUCUUUCGUUUGGCUAGAAAGGCUAGCUAUCUUCAAGCAUGCUUAAUGCAUGCUCACUUUGGCAAGUUACGGACUCAGGCGCUUGCUGCUCUACACAGUGGGCUGCAAAAUAACCAAGGAAUUCCAGUUACCCAGGUUGCCAAGUGGCUUGGAAUGGAGGAGGAAAACAUGGAAGACCUUUUGGAAUAUCAUGGAUUCUCUAUAAAGGAAUUUGAGGAGCCAUAUAUGGUAAAGGAAGGCCCAUUUCUUAAUGGGGACGGUGACUAUCCUUUGAAGUGCUCAAAACUUGUUCAUCUCAAGAGAUCUACAACUAUUGUUGACGACGUUUUAUCUCCUUGUUUCAUGGAAUCUUCGCCUCCAAAAGGGCUCCCGACUGACAAUAUGCAACAAGAAUCACCCGUUGCUCAAACUCACACUUUUACCAAUGCCAUUGUGGCAGAUGAUGGAGGUAUUAAAAAUGACAUACGACUGCAGCCAAUGUUCACUACUCCAGCUCAAGUAGUAGCUGCUGACAGUUUGAGUGAAGAUCACCCUCACUUGGAACUUGCUAGUCCUUCACCUCGGGAUAUCUUCAAAACUAAUAAUUCCUUUCAUUCUCCCAAACCUGUCUCUCCGAAACCAAGUUAUGAUAAACCUUUUAGGAACUCUCUUGAGAAGCAUGGCCAAUCAACCAUUUUUGCAAAGAAUGUAUUUGUAGAAACAGUGCCUGUUGAACAAGACCCAGUUAUUAACCACAGCUUUAUUUCUGUUGAGGACCUCGAACCUGAAAAUGUGAUUCAACAAGUGGCAAAUGAAAUUGAAAUUGAUACCUCUGUAGAUGAACAAGUUGCUGAGGCAAAACUUAAGCUGAUAUUGAGGCUCUGGAGACGGCGUGCUCUUAUAAAAAAGGAUUUACGUAAUAAAAAACAACUUGCAGCAAAUGCUGCAUUAAAUUCCCUUUCAUUGGGCCCUCCAGUGUGCCACUUCAAAGAGAAAUUACAAGUUGCUGGUGACUUUGACUUUGACCGUGUAAUGUGUGAGAGAUAUGAGAAACAAGAACAACUGCAGUCAAGACUUAAUGUUUCUAAUGUAGUAGCUGCUAUACUCGGUGCACGUAACCAAUAUCCUAAUUGCAUUUGCUGGAAAUUGUUAUUUUUUUCUUUGCACUCCGGGAUCAAAGCAUCCAAUCUGGAUCCAGCCUCGUGGUUGCGCCAUAAGCUUAUGCCUGAAAAUAUCAGCAAAAAUGAUGACGAGUUAGUAGCAUCUUCGCCUGGCCUGUCAAUAUGGAAGAAAUGGGAUUAUGCUAGUGAUUUGACAUGUUAUUUUUCGGUGGUUAGAAACAUACAAUCUGAUGAUCUAGUUGAAGAAACAGUUUUGGGUGCAAGUGCAGUCAUGCUCGUAGCAUCUGAAUAUAUCUCAUGGGAGGCCCAAAAGAUUCGGCUUCAUAACCUUGUAUCUCUAAUUCCUUAUGCGUCUUGUUUGCCACUUCUGAUCUUAAGUGGUUCCAGCCCGUCAACGACAGUCGAAAAUUUGGGCCUUAAUCAAGUUGAUAGAUCAAAAAUCUGCUCCUUUUCUGUUCUUCCGAUAGACGGUGAUGAGAAUUUAAGGAAGGCACUGGAGUGGCUGGCAAGUGAGAGCCCCGUACAACCCGUUGUUCACUGUGUAAAAACACGCGAUUUGGUUAUGAACCACUUACAAUUUGAUGCUCAUAAAAGAAGCCCAGAACAUUGCAUUUCAGCCAUUAAUGAUGCUUUGGAUGAAUCCAUCAAAGAAAUUUGUGAUGCUGCAAAGUCAAAUCCUGCCAGCUGGCCCUGCCCCGAGAUCUCGUUGCUCGAUUUCCAACCCUAUCUGCCUAGUGUAGGAUGGAGUUCUGCUUCAAGAAUCGAGCCUCUUAUUCAAGCUUUAAAAAACUGCAAAUUACCAAAUAACAUAUCUUGGUGCUCUCUGACUGGGAUUGAUAUCCAAAAUCAGAAAACACAACUGGAGUACUUGCUGGUGACCUACCUGCGUCCUUUAAUGGGAUUACCCUUGGCCCAAAAGGAAGCAUCUACUUUGAUACAAAAUUGCGUGGGACUCGAGCUGCAUGGUUCAACGUAUUACCUAGUUCCAAAGUGGAACAUCAUUUUCGGGCGUAUCUUCAAUUGGCAGUUGACAAGCCUACCUAAUGCGACAGCGUAUGUGUUGGAGCGACAACAUAUGUCUUCACAACGUUUUGAAGAUGAAUCUUGUUAUCUGAAAUCUCCAUCUCUAGAUGAUAUGAUGCAAGUUGUCACAAGGCCGGGUUUGGAAUCAGAAUUUAAGGAUUUGGAAGCAGCGGUUUGUGAUCCUCCCGUUGAAAUGGUGAUGGAUGUAGAUGCUUCAGUGAUGUAUGUGGAAGAAGAAGAUGAUGAUGAUGAUAGCAAGGUGAAUGAGAGGAGUUUAAGCAGGUUGCUGGAGCAGUGUAACAUUGUGCAGGAUAUAAUAGACAAGAAGUUAUCCGUAUACUUCUGAUAUACUACUGAUGCAUGCAUGCAGUGUAGUUAGUUAUUUUGGUUUCUUUCUAAAACAAGUAAUGGGGAUCAGUGUUAUUAUAAAAUCAUAGAUAGAAGAAGAUAUAAUUUCACAAGUAAAA